GGCGUUUAGGUACUGGAUACUGUGUAGUGAUAUAUAGACGUUGGUGGAUGGUACAUGGCCAGGCGCGACGUGUGUCCACUAUGGAGUGGCUGGUCAGGCUUCCCAUGUGCUGUAGUUCCCAAACUCGUAGACGACUAGACGUUGUCACGCUUCGUAUUGGUCUUCAAGAUCGAUCAAGGAUUACUCCGUUCACGAAACCAUCUUACGAGCAGACUCGGAAUUCUUCCGUGCUGCUCUGUUUGGACGACAACAGAGGGUCUGGUGAAGGACGCUCCCGCACAAUAGAAGUAAGUGCCCGAAGCUGAUCUCGCAGUUGUCGCAGACUGGCCAUAGGUACUUCUUUCCGCACGAUCGCUUCGAAACCAUGGACCCCACCGGAUAUGCCCAUGGACGAUGGAGAGGAUUGUAGUACCAACUGCUGGUGCGAAUUGCAAUUAGAUUCCUCCUUCUGUGAUGAUGGCCUGACAGGAAGAAUGGUGCUGCGGACGGAUGAAGUGGACGAAGACAGAACGCGGAAGCUUCCCAGUCACUUGUGCUGCUACCAUGAUUCAUGA